AGCGCAAACUUACAAAAGCGAACAACAGAACCACUGGCCUUCCAAGUCCUCAUAACUAACCUCAUUCGUAACCGUCCUCUUGAGGCUUGUGCAAAACACAGCGUCCACUUACUAGCGCUCAGCUCCGUAGUCAUUGACUUGAUUAGACUUCAUCAAGAUGAGAUCGAUCAACAGUCUGUUCAGUCCUUCCUCUUAUUCUACUAGUACUAGUAGUAGUAGUACAGAGCCCAUGGCGUUUGGUAGAAGACGCAGAGCCUUGUCGGCCGCUUCGGCGACCAAGAAAAAGGCGAAGAACAGCAAGUCCCUGACAACAGCAACAUCAACAAUGAGAACUCCCACUGAAACUCCAUCAGCGGCAGCACGAAAGAAAGCCACUUCUACUACCACUACCACUACACCAUCUCCACCAACACCUAUUGCCAGCGUGCUCAACAACACGGUGACGACGACCUCUUGCAACGAACGACUUCAUUACGUCUUGGCGCGGAAGAGCAAAGAGGCUUUGAGCGCCCUAACGGAAAGCCUGCGCGCCCAUUCCGGUGUAAAGACUGUCUGUGUGUACACAGAUUCUCCUCUUGUGUCGCGCGCGCCUCUGUCGCAGCGGCAGCAAAAGAUUAUGCUCACGUCCAUGAGUCAAGCUUGUACAAAGAUGACAACGCUACAACUGGACUUUUCAUCUGAAUUUGGGCCUCAGACAGAAGUCAUUCUAGACUGUGAACUGCUAGCUACUAUCUUGCAGAACGCGGAGCAACUAGAAUCCCUACUUCUCAAAGAUGUUUCUCUCAAGGGAAACGUGCAAGUCCUACAGGAGGUUCUACUCAACCAUAAGCAUCUAUCCAAGCUAGAACUCAAAUGGUGUACCGAAGUCAACACCAACAAUGACAACACUGACACUGCAUGUGACAAGAUCUUGUCCUCUCUCAUCACCACUCUGUCACAGAUGAAACAUCUACACGACCUCACUCUACUCGUGUCAUCAGCACACAACUUGCCUCUUCCCGAAUUGGCACAUUCAAACACUCUCAAGAGACUGACUCUGGGGUUGGAACAACGACACGUAUCCACUACACCCCAUACCACAACGGCACAAUCCGUUCUGCAACGUCAUGCCGAACAGGUACUCCUGGUCCAGUUCUUGCAAGCACUCAAACAAAACAUUUGUCUAGAAGAGUGCAUUCUAUUCUCACAUCACUGGAAGUCAUCCAUGACACUCAGUUGUGUCUGUGAACUCGUGGGAUCACAAACAUCCAUUCUCAAAAACUUGUCCAUGACCGAUUACAACUACGGAAGUGAUGAUCCACGAAAGCUACUCGAGUUGGCCACCGUCCUGCAAACAAACAAACACUUGCAACGAUUCAAACUCAUUACCAAAAAGAGAAUCUCAUCCGCUGUCGAUAAAAAGACACGCAAGGCCAACACAUACAUGAUUGACACGGCCUUUGUCGAAACGCUCGAACACAACUUUACCUUGCAGAACCUCGAUAUUGCACACGCUGGAAUUCACAUUAGUGAUGCUCACAAAAAUAACAACAGCAACAACAACGGAUCAACAGUCUUUCAUCGCGCAUCUACUCCCUGCAAGGCGUGUUGCAGUGAUGUCGUUCCGGGAUGUUUGGAACAACCACACAAACACAAGUACAUGAUCCCAUUCUUCCUCAUGACCAAUCGACACGAUCAAUCUAGACAACGAUUCACACAUUCCGAAACCAUCAAUUGGCAGGAAUGGAAGGAAUUCGUCGUCAAAUACAAAGACAACACGCAGCUACUGUUCUUUCUCAUACAGGCCAAUCCAAGUUUGCUCCUCCCGGCAUUGUCGUCGUGGUGGCCCAAUAAUAAUAACGGGCAAAACAACAAUAACGGCAACGCAUAUGCCAAUACCAGCAAAAAUGGGCAGCUCGGCGGAAGACACAUUUGGGAGUAUUACUUCUAGAGGAAAUGAAAGGAACGGAGGAAUAUUGAUGACGUUGUUUUCCGCGGUUGGUCCUUUCCGGAAGUUUCUUGUAGAGACUUUCGAGAAAGGGACGGCUGUCGCGGGGAGACGAACGAAGGAAUGAUGUGAUGGAAAACGAGACGCAAGCAAAGACAGACAGCGAAACGGUGGCGGCUUCUCGUGCCCCCGUGCUUCUUUCGAUCGAGAAGCGCUCGUAGCGUAGAGCAGAGAACGUUCAUAAUCAAACUCGAAAAGCCAGCUAGAACUGUUCUGGCUGGCUGUUUUCGUGUUUUAUAGAAUUAUCAUGAUGUG